CGGGCGGUGAUGCCGCGGCUCCCGGUGAAGAAGAUCCGCAAGCAGCUGAAGCUGCUGCUGCUGCUGGCGCUGCUCACCUCGGCCGCGUGGUUCACGUACCUGCACAUCAGCCUGGUGCGCCAGGGCCGCGCCCUCCGCCUGCCCUUCACCUACGGCAGAGAUGGGGAGCGGCUGGGGGAGGUGACAGACCCUGGCAGGCGGCCGGCAGUGGCCCAGGCAGUGGCACGGCAGAGGAAGGCCGAGGACUCCAGUGAGAGCCACGAGGAGGAGCAGAAUGAUGGACAGGAUUUGGACGGACGCUUUUCCAGAGGCUCACGAGCCACCAGGCGCCCCAAACUCAACCUGACCAAGCAGGUUCUGCCCUGGGAUGAGAAGUACAAGGGGAAAGCGAACCUGCAUGUUUUUGAGGACUGGUGUGGAGGAGCUGUGAGGCACCUAAGGAAGAACCUCCAUUUUCCACUCUUUCCGCAUACCCGCACCACAGUGAAGAAGCUGGCGGUGUCACCCAAGUGGAAGAACUACGGGCUAAGGAUUUUUGGCUACAUUCACCCUUUCAAGGAUGGAGAUUUCCAGUUUUCUGUGGCAUCAGAUGACAAUUCGGAGUUCUGGCUCAGUUCUGAUGAGAGCCCAUCCAACUCACGGCUGGCUGCCUUUGUGGGCAAGCUGGGUACCGAGUGGACAGCUCCAGGAGAGUUCACCAAAUUCAGCUCACAGGUUUCCAAGCCUCUACGCCUUAUGUCGUCCAGGCGCUACUACUUUGAGCUGCUCCACAAGCAAGACGACCGAGGCUCGGACCAUGUGGAAGUGGGCUGGCGAGUUUUCCUCCCUAGCUUGAAGUUCGAAGUGAUUGAUUCUUCCUACAUUUCUCUGUACACAGACGAAUCGACUUUGAAGAUGAACCAUGUGGAGCACAUCCCGCAGUCUCUGGCCAGCCACAGUGGAAGCUACCUCUGGGAGGCACAAUGGGAUGAGCAUGGGGCUGACAUGCUCAAGUCUGACCCCAGGGAUACCUUCUUCCUCACCCCUGCAAUAGAGCCGUCCCGUGUGGAGAAUGUGCUGGUGCCCUGUGCCUACAGCCCCACCUACGUGGUGAAGGACUUCCCCAUCGCCCGCUACCAGGGCCUGCAAUUUGUCUACCUCUCGUUUGUGUACCCCAAUGACUUCACGCGCCUCACUCACAUGGAGACGGAGAACAAGUGCUUCUACAGGGAGUCCCCGCUCUACCUGGAGAAGUUCGGUUUUUAUAAGUACAUGAAGAUGGAUGAGGAGGAGGAGGACCCACGUCAGCGAGCAUUUCUCUUCCUCAACCCAGACAAUUUCCUCGAAGAUGAUGAGGAGGAUGAGGAUACAGUGGACAGCCCUGAGGCCACAGACCCACCUCCCAAAGCCAGGAAGAACCUCGAGCUGGUACCUGAAACCCAAAGGAAGGAGAUUCUGCCAGUCACCAGAGAUUAUGGAGACUACCUGGACUACUACAGCUUCCGCCGCAAGCAGAGUCGGGUGCGGGAUGAGGUGGGCAUGGGAAGGUGGAGCAUGCCCCCUGCCACUCCUAGCCCUACAGCUACUCCUGUGGGCCCCCAUGGCUAUGGGGACACAGGACCUGGGCAGGAGAGAGUCCGUGGAAGGAUGCUUCGAUGGUUACCCCAGGAGCCCAGUGAGGAGGAUGAGCUGGGGCUGCUGGUGUCCUCCAAGCGUGCUGGGGUGCUCAGCCUCCAGUCUCACCUCUCUGUUCCCAUCUUUGGUGGCAAAGCCAAAACACCAGCUCCCAGCAAGUCUGUAGUAUCCAAGGAGGACAGAAAACCUAAGAAAGCCCAGGAGAAGGUGUAUGUGACCAGGCUGCAGCCAGGCAAACGCAAAGCCCCAGCCCAGGAGCCCGCCUUCCCCAACAUGUUCCUUUACCCAAAGCUUCUGAAGAAAGUGCAGCUUCGUUCCAGGACCCCUCAGAAGCAUUCCAUCACUCCCAGCAAGCUUCGAACUGCCCCUGGCCACCGGACCCCUUGGCUCUUGAGCAACAUUUCCAAAGAGAGAGAGUCAGCCAGGAGGAAGACCAGCCGGGCGGGUGACAGGAGGUGGCGGCUGGUGAGCAAGCAGGAAGAACUGGGGGCUGAAGGGAUCUUCAGCAAGGAGACCCACGAGGAUGUGACCACUGCCCCAGGCAGGAUGGCAGUCACCACCGAUUACAACUCCUCAGAGGUGACUCGCUCACAGGGGACACGGGUGACGUCCUUUCUGAAGACAUCAGAGAUAACAGCAUCCCAGCAGGAGGGAAAGGGCCAGGAGGAAGAGGAGGAAGAGGAGGUGUCAGACUACAGUUAUGAGACAGGGGAGCUGCCGCAGAGCUGGCUGGAGGACUCCAUCAACUGGCAGAGGACGUUCAGUGUCAGUUCGGUGGACUUCGAGCUCCUGCGCUCCGACUGGAAUGACUUGCGCUGCAACGUCUCGGGCAACCUGCAGCUGAGUGAGAGUGAGGUGGUCGAUGUGGUGGCCCAGUACAUGGAGAAGCUCAACGAGAAGAAUGGGGGCAUUUACACCCUUUUGAGGAUCAUUAAUGUGGAAAAGCGCCGGGACACAGCUCGGGGCAACCGCUACCUGCUGGAGCUGGAGUUAGCAGAACGGGGCCAGCGGACAGUUCGGCUCUCUGAGUACGUCUAUGUCCUCUUGCACCAAGGCAAGCAGGAUGACAGUGCUGAAGCCAACCCUGAGGGACCAGCCGUGGGGGCCACCGAGACCCAGCCAAGCACCUGGAGCAUCCUCUAUGGGAAGCCCAUUCUGUGUCGGCCUCUGCAGCUGAGCUGGAAGCAGGACAUCAUGGUGCACUUCGUGGUACCUGUGAAGAACCAGGCGCGCUGGGUCCAGCAGUUCAUCUCAGACAUGGUCAGCCUGUAUGACAUUACAAAGGAUGCCAACUUCAACGUCAUCCUGGUGGACUUUGACAGCGACGACAUGGAUGUCGAGAAAGCCCUGCAGGAUGCCCAGCUGCCUCGCUACCAGUACCUACGGCGCACAGGAAACUUUGAACGCUCAGCAGGGCUGCAGGCUGGUGUGGACAUGGUUGAGGAUGGGCACAGCAUCGUGUUCCUGUGCGACCUGCACAUCCACUUUCCCUCCAACAUCCUGGACAGCAUCCGGAAGCACUGUGUGGAAGGGAAGCUGGCCUAUGCGCCCAUUGUCAUGAGGCUGAGCUGUGGCAGCUCCCCACGGGAGCCCAAUGGUUACUGGGAGGUGAAUGGCUUUGGUCUCUUUGGCAUCUACAAGUCAGACUUUGACCGCGUUGGAGGGAUGAACACGGAGGAGUUCAGGGACCGCUGGGGCGGAGAGGACUGGGAGCUCCUGGACAGGGUCCUUCAGAGCGGGCUGGAGGUGGAGCGCUUGCGUCUCAGGAACUUCUACCACUAUUACCACUCCAAGCGUGGUAUGUGGAAUGCUCACAGCAAGAAGUCACCCAAGGACUAACACCCUGAGCCCAGCCCACAGCUAACAGACCACAGCCAGAGGUUGGCCGCCGCUGGUGCCCAUGUGUCCCCAACCCUCUGGUCCAGCACGGAGGGCACUAUUGCCACCAUGGUCUCCAAAUGAACCGUGGUUACUUUGGGGUGGAU